UGUAUAAAUAUAAACACUGUCAUAUGUACGAUAAUGAACAUUUCAAAUUUUUAUCAUUAGUGGUUCUUUUUUCUUAUUUGUGAUAUAAGAGGAUUUAAUGUAUUAUUCAGGCUUGAGUGAAUUAUCAUUGUGAUUACGUGUAUUUCUAACUUAUACAAAACGAGAAGAAGGGACAAAUAUAAUCUCGUUGCGAGAAUAUAAUUUCAAAUCUAAAUGUUUAUAAGAAUUACGUAACUUUUAAGUUUCUCGUAUUUUUCUAUUUAGUGUUACAUCAGUUCUUUGGAAAAGAGAUAUUUUUAUCGACAAAAAACCAUGAUUAAUUUUAAAAUUUCCGCACCGGGAAGAAUCGUCUUAUCCGGAGAGUACGGAGCGAUAUAUGGAAAACAUGUUGUUCUGGCCAGUUUAAAUCGUUAUACCAAGCUCGAAUUCCAGGAACUACCUGUCGAAACGAAAAAUAUUAUUAUUAAAUUCCCUGGUGUCAAGCUAUCGUUGAAGGUAUUUUUAGUAGUAAUCAACGAAUUUAUGUCUGCUGAGAAUUUUCAAGACAUGAUAAAAAAUCAUUUCCGGUUUUCUAAGCUCUUGCAAUCCUUGAUCACUUUAAACAAUAUGUGGAUCACAAACGAGCAGAAAUUUAGCCUGAAAAUGUUUUUUUUCUUACUCAUGCAUAUCGCUAACGAUGAAAAACUCGAUAUCAAAUCUUUUCGGGUCCACGUGUCCACGGAUUUAAUGAUUGGUGCUGGCCUUGGCAGUUCGUCAUCAUUCGCGGUAUGUCUCUCGGCGUGUUUUUUACAUUGGGCGCGACUGCAGAAGGGAGCUCACAGUGAAUUUAAUAGGGAGGAUUUAAUCAGCAUUUCGAAAUACGCUAAGCUCUCCGAGAAAGUUUUACAGAGCUGUAAAUUCGAAACCGACAAUGAUGUGUGCUGUUACGGCAAUAUAAUAGAAUUUCGAUACAUCAAUCAGGAAGAUAAUUAUCCUACUGGGAUCAUUGAUACUCCAGCAAUUAAUAUUAUGCUGGUUGACUUAAAAUUUCCAUUUGUUAUGGGCGAACGAGCGAGACUUAUAGCGGAGAAGAAACAUUUUGAUCCCGAGACCGUGAACAUAAUUUUAACUAUAUGUGACGGUAUAUCAGAUUCAAUUUGUAGAGCGCUCAAGGAUAUUAAGUAUUUUUCUGAUGAUCCUGAUCUUUUUCAAACUGAACAAGAGAGAGCAUAUGUAACAUUACAGAUGUUCGUUCGGUUACAUCAACAUGUACUGUCUGAAUUGUUGCAUCCGAUGUUAAAACGUAUGUCCUCUAUUGCACUAGAUUGUGUUGAAAUAUCCUUGGGAAAGUUCGCUGGUUACGAAGGCAACUUUGCAUACAUUCUGCUGCCACCAAAUCUUCUCUUAGAAGAACAAACCACGAAUCUUAUAACACGUUUGAAGAGAGAAGGUUUCGAUGUCACGAUGACCAGCGUAAGUUGUAAUGGAGUGACAAUUGAUUGAUUAUAUUUAAAUUGUCUCGAUUGUAUAG